AUGCUCACCCAAGUAAUUUCCCUCGCCAUAGCCACAGUUGUUCUCUAUCGUUGUCUCCCCAACAAACUCGCACAACUCCAAUUCACGUCAUGGUUCGAACCUAAGCCAUCAUCUCAAGAGCGCCCUGCACCCCACGGUGCGACACCCCAGCGGCAACGCCGUGGUGUUCGCGUGCGCAAGGUCUACCCUAUUGAAAGCGAUUUGGAAACUGACAUCGACAUCAUUGCCGUCCAUGGCCUGGACACGAACUCGCCAGAUACGUGGGAAGAUAGAAGCAAAGGCAAGCCGCCGGUGAACUGGCUGGCUGACGAGGGCAUGCUGCCGCAAGAAGUCCCACGCGCUCGCAUCUUCACGUGCGACUGGCCUGCAGACCUAUUCCGGGACCCAGAUGUGGAGGAGAACAGGAUCGACGAACUUGCUCGACUCUUACUUGAGGGCAUUUUUGGACGACCACAAGCAACGGACAAGCAACUAAGGAACCGACCAAUCCUCUUCAUCGCCUCGUGUCUCGGAGGUAUCAUCCUGAUGAAGGCACUUGUCAUGGCUGAUAAGACAUAUCUCCCCGUUCAGGAAGCUACUUGUGGCGUUAUCUUCCUUGCUACGCCAUUUAGUGGCACUUCGUUCGAGAAGGUGGCAGGGUGGGCUGAGCCGGGUCUAAGGACAUGGGCUUCACUUCGAGGCCAAGGGAUUAACCAGUUACUCGACUGGGUGAACGGGGACCAUUUUGAUCUCGACGAGCUCGUGCGCUGCUUCACUACACUUUAUCAAAAGAAGGCCUAUAAAGACCCAGUUCCACUAGAGCGAAACCACGUACGAAUGAACAAGUUUCGCGGGCCCAAGGACUUAGAUCCAGACUACAAGUUAGUGGCGGACAAGAUUCGCCGCUGUCUUGAGGAGAUCCAGAAAGGGACACCGCUCGAGAGAGCAGAUGCCUAG